AACCUGAAGCAGCAGUUUCUUGACCUUCUUAAACAAGUCGGUGGAGUUCUUCAUGCUAAUUUGCUGAAAUCGUCAUCCAGGUGCCAGGUGUGUUUACUGACAUAACAGAUGGAAGUCUCUAUCGAAGCAUCAGAAAACAAAUGAACAUGAUGUGGAGCGAUGUCACGUUGCCGUUCAAUUGUGAUGGGGCACCUGUGUUUGACUCCAGCAAGAGCACAAUCUGGCCCAUUGAAGUGGUGGUCAAUGAACUGCCUGUUUUGAUUCGGUGGCAAAAUGUGUUGAUCACAGGGCUAUGGUUUGCCAGAGCACACCCACCCAUGGAUGUCUUCAUGGCACAGUUUGUCUCAGAAAUCAACAGUAUUGGAACACUUGUAUGGUCGCAUGCCGGGAAAACCGUAAGAUCAGCGGUACAUGCAGUUGCCUGUUGUGUUGACUCCCAAGCAAGGGCAGCUAUCCUGAACAGCAAACAGUUCAAUGGAUACUUUGGACGUAGCUGGUGCUUGCAGCGAGGCCAAGUGAUUGAUGGUGCUCUGAAGUAUCCAUUCUCCAUCCAAGUGGCUGACAGGACACACAGUGGCGUGCUAAAAGCCAUGGUGGAAGCAGUUCGUCGGAAGGAACCAGUUUUUGGCAUCAAGGGGCCAUCAACUCUUGUCAAGCUGCAAGGCUUUGAUCUUGUGUAGGGCCUACCUCCUGACUACAUGCAUUGCGUGUUGGAAGGCGUCACAAAGCAGGUCACCGAAAUGUGGCUAUCAGCUGCCAAUUCUUCUUGUUACAUCGGGAGACAUUUGAAGCUGAUAGAUUCAAGGUUGCGCUUGAUAAAGCCACCCAUCAUCUUUUCAA